AUGAGCCAUGAGCCCAAGUCCCCUUCACUAGGGAUGCUUUCCACCGCGACCAGGACCACCGCCACCGUCAACCCCCUCACCCCCUCGCCGCUCAAUGGCGCCCUGGUGCCCAGCGGCAGCCCCGCCACCAGCAGCGCGCUGUCGGCCCAGGCCGCGCCGUCCUCCAGCUUUGCCGCCGCGCUGCGCAAGCUCGCCAAACAGGCGGAGGAGCCCAGAGGGUCUUCACUGAGCAGCGAGUCGUCCCCCGUGUCCUCGCCGGCCACCAACCACAGCUCCCCAGCUAGCACGCCCAAGCGCGUGCCCAUGGGCCCCAUCAUCGUCCCCCCUGGGGGCCACAGUGUGCCCAGCACGCCCCCCGUGGUGACGAUUGCCCCAACGAAGACCGUCAAUGGCGUCUGGAGGAGCGAGAGCCGGCAGGACGCUGGCUCUCGGGGCAGCAGCGGUGGUCGGGAGCGCCUCAUCGUGGAGCCCCCGCUGCCCCAGGAGAAGGCGGGGGGCCCAGCCAUCCCCUCCCACCUGCUCAGCACCCCCUACCCUUUUGGCAUCUCCCCCAGCUCUGUGGUGCAGGAUUCGCGCUUCCCACCACUCAACCUCCAGCGGCCUGUGCACCACGUGGUGCCCCCGAGCACCGUGACCGAGGACUACCUGAGGAGCUUCCGGCCCUACCACACCACCGAGGACCUCCGCAUGUCCUCCCUGCCUCCCCUCGGCCUGGACCCUGCCGCUGCCGCCGCCGCCUACUACCACCCAAGCUACCUGGCCCCGCACCCAUUCCCCCACCCGGCCUUCAGGAUGGAUGACUCCUACUGCUUGUCAGCCCUACGGUCCCCCUUCUACCCCAUCCCCACCCCCGGCUCCCUGCCCCCACUGCACCCGUCCGCUAUGCAUCUGCACCUCUCCGGGGUCCGCUACCCCCCCGAGCUCUCCCACUCGUCCCUGGCCGCGCUGCACUCGGAGCGGAUGUCCAGCCUCAGCGCCGAGAGGCUGCAGCUGGAUGAGGAGCUGAGGCGGGAGCGGGAGCGGGAAGCGGACCGCGAGCGCGAGAAGGAGCGCGAGCGCGAGCGGGAGAAGGAGCGCGAGCGCGAGAAGGAGCUGGAGCGCGAGCGGGAGAAGGAGCGCGAGCGGGAGCUGGAGCGCCAGCGGGAGCAGCGGGCCCGCGAGAAGGACCUGCUGGCGGCCAAGGCGCUGGAGCCGGCCUUCCUGCCCGUGGCCGAGCUGCACGGGCUGCGGAGCCACGCCGCCGAGGAGCGGGGCAAGCCCUCGGAGCAGCUGACGCCGACGCGCGCAGAGAAGCUGAAGGAGGCGGGCCUGCAAGUCCCGAAGCCCGGGCAGCACCCCUUGCACCCCACGCCCACCGCCCACCACGCUGUGCCCAGCCUCCUCUCCAACCACAGCAUCUUCCCGCUGCCGGGCAGCAGCGCCACCACAGCCCUGCUGAUCCAGCGCACCAACGAGGAGGAAAAGUGGCUGGCGCGGCAGCGGCGGCUGCGGCAGGAGAAGGAGGACCGGCAGUCCCAGGUGUCGGAGUUUCGGCAGCAGGUGCUGGAGCAGCACCUGGACAUGGGCCGGCCCCCGGUGCCCACGGAGGUGGAGCACAGGCCAGAGAGCACCAGGCCAGGACCGAACCGUCCAGAGCUGGGCAGCCGAGAUCCCCCACAGCACUUUGGCGGGCCCCCGCCGCUCAUCUCGCCCAAGCCCCAGCACCAUUCCGUGCCCACGGGCCUCUGGAACCCGGUGUCCCUGAUGGACAGCACCCUGGAGACACGGCGGGCCCCUGAGAGCCACUCUCUGCACAGCCACCCCACUCCCUUUGAGCCCAGCCGCCAGGCAGCCGUCCCACUGGUGAAAGUGGAACGGGUCUACUGCCCAGAGAAGGUGGAGGAGGGGCCCCGGAAGCGAGAGGCCACCCCCCUGGACAAGUACCAGCCACCCCCAAGAGAGGCAGCGAGCCUGGAGCACCAGGCCUUUCCUCACGGGCCCGGGCCCUUUCUGGCUGAGCUGGAAAAAUCCACCCAGACCAUCCUGGGCCAGCAGCGGGCCUCCCUCACCCAGCCUGCCCCCUUUGGGGAGCUCACGGGGCCCCUGAAGCCAGGCUCGCCCUACCGGCCUGCAGCCCCACGGGGCCCCGACCCUGCCUACAUCUAUGAUGAGUUCCUGCAGCAGCGGCGGAGGCUGGUCAGCAAGCUGGACCUGGAGGAGCGCAGGCGGCGGGAGGCCCAGGAGAAAGGCUACUUCUACGACCUGGAUGACUCUUACGAUGAGAGCGACGAGGAGGAGGUCAGGGCCCACCUCCGCUGCGUGGCCGAGCAGCCGCCACUCAAGCUGGACACUUCCUCCGAGAAGCUAGAGUUUUUGCAACUUUUUGGCUUGACCACCCAACAGCAGAAGGAGGAAUUGCUGACCCAGAAGCGGAGGAAGCGGCGGCGGAUGCUGAGGGAGAGAAGCCCGUCGCCCCCGAUGAUUCAGAACAAGCGGCAGACGCCUUCACCGAGACUGGCACUGUCCACGCGCUACAGUCCCGACGAGAUGAACAAUAGCCCCAAUUUUGAAGAGAAGAAGAAGUUCCUGACCAUCUUCAACCUGACUCACAUCAGUGCCGAGAAGAGAAAAGACAAAGAGAAACUUGUUGAAAUGCUCCAUGCCAUGAAGCAGAAGGCCCUGUCCGCAGCAGUGGCAGACCCACUCAGGAAUUCUCCGAGGGACAGUCCUGCUGUCUCCCUGAGCGAACCAGCCACGCAGCAACCCUCUGUGGAUACGGAGAAGCCUGUGGGUGUUGCUGCUUCCUUGUCUGAUGUUGCAAACGCCAUGGAGACUGGGAGACUGGAGCAGCUCCGGCCCCAGGAGCUGUCGCAGGUCCAGGAGGCAGCUCCUGCCAGCGGCGAGAAGGCCAGGCUGAGCGAGGGCCCCGGGGGCAAGAAGAGCCUAAGCAUGCUUCAUUACAUCCGGGGCCCUGCGCCCAAGGACAUUCCCGUGCCACUGUCCCACAGCAUCAACGGGAAGAGCAAGCCAUGGGAGCCCUUCAUGGCGGAGGAGUUUGCACAUCAGUUCCACGAGUCUGUGCUGCAGUCCACCCAGAAGGCCCUGCAGAAGCAUAAAGGGAACGCAGCCGUGCUGUCUGCAGAGCAGAACCACAAAGUGGACACGUCCAUCCACUACAACAUUCCCGAGCUCCAGUCCUCCAGCCGCCUCCCUCUGCCCCAGCACAACGGGCAGCAGGAGGCGCCCCCUGGGAGGAAGGGCCCCCUCACGCAGGAGACGGACCAGGACUCAGAGGAGGACGAGGAAGACGGGGAGGGGGAGGACGACGAACCCCCCAGGCGCAGGUGGCAAGGGAUUGAGGCAAUCUUCGAAGCUUACCAGGAACAUAUGGAAGAGCAAAACCUGGAGCGGCAGGUGCUGCAGACGCAGUGCAGACGGCUGGAGGCACAGCACUAUAGCCUCAGCCUCACAGCGGAGCAGCUCUCCCACAGCAUGGCGGAGUUGAGGAGCCAGAAACAGAAGAUUGUUUCAGAGAGGGAGCGACUCCAGGCAGAACUGGAUCACUUAAGGAAGUGCCUUGCGUUGCCUGCAAUGCAUUGGCCUAGAGGUUACUUUAAGGGAUAUCCUAGGUGA